AUGGGUGGCCAGAGCAGAGAAGGCGGCAAAGCCAAGCCCCUGAAGGCCGCGAAGAGGGGCCCGAAGGAGGAGCUGGACGAGGAAGACAAGGCCUUCAUGGAGAAGAAGCGAGCCGACGAGAAGGCACGCGCCGAGAUGGCCAAGAAGGCUGGUGGCAAGGGCCCGCUGGGCAGCGGUGGGGGUAUCAAGAAGAGUGGCAAGAAAUAG